AUGGGCCCCCGGGCACUGGCAGUCACGGACCCCUGCUGCUGCCAUGACGUGCCCCACGAUCUCAGCCUCCUGGGACCCCCAAUCCCGACAAGUAUUGUGCGGAGGACUCCGCACCCCUUCCCCGAAUGCAUCAGCGACUUCGCCUUCGCCGGGUGGAUCCCGGUCAUCGGGGAGCUGCAGAAGCUGCUGGCACGGGGGGAGUACAAGCCCUUGUGCCCUGCCCCCCUCUUUGAGAGCAACUUCCUGCAGGUGACCAAGCAGGGCGAGCUGGUGGAUCUGCACAACCGCGCCAGCCUGGUGACCCUGGGCAUCGCCGCCACCAGCCCCGCCCUGCUCCUGCCCGACGUCAUGAUCAUCGCCCGCCCCACGGAGAGGCCCCAGGGGGAGCCGUUGGGCCCCAGGGGGGCUCACGUCCAGCCGGGGCUGGAGCUGACCCGGCUGAUCCCGCUGGAGCUGGUGAGCAUCUUCCUGCAUGACCUGGGGGAGCAGCGGCUGAAGCUGCGCCUGGCCACGGGGCGAGUCUACUACCUGCAGCUCUGCGCCCCCCGGGGGGAGGAGCGCCCACUCUUCGCACGCUGGCUGCGCCUCAUCUACCUGCUGAGGGCCCCCCCGGACAGCUGGGCCAGCGUCCCCUCCUGGCACGCCGCCGACCUGCGUGGGCGCAGCGCCAAGCCGCCCCCCAGCCAGCGGCUGCGGCCCAUCCAGGAGGAGGAGGAGCCCAGGGCCCUGAAACCCCAACUUGGGGAGCCCCCGGGCAGCGGGAGCCGGACCCCCAGCCAGGGGCAGCUGAGCGGGAGGCAGCGCCCAGCCAGCCCCACCAGGGGGCAGCAACCCUCCACGCAGAGCGUAGGGGGACGGGGGUCCAGAUGCCCCGCAUCACCCAGCAUAGCAGCCCCGGUGAGACGCUCCCCCAGCACCACUCAACUCCUUGAUGGUCUUUCCGAGUCCCGGGCAAAGGUCGCCAGCCCCUGGACGCAGCAGGGCCCAGUGUCCGGGGAGCCGAGCGCAGAGAGGAACCGUGGCCAGCUGAGCCUGGACAUCCCCCCUGGUUCCCGGAGCCCGGCAGGAACCCCGAGCCAGCGUGGAUCUAGUGCUGGCUCCAGAGCCACCACGGCUCCUGGCUCCCCUGAGCGAUCCAGAGCCUCCGUGGGCGUGGGGCGCUCGGCGGUGGGCACGGCCUCCGUGGGCGUGGGGCGCUCGGCGGUGGGCACGGCCUCCGUGGGCGUGGGGCGCUCAGCGGUAACCACAGCGUCGGCAGCAGCGGGUCCAUCCAGGCCAGCCAGCACCCAGCCCUCGGGGAUGGGCAGAGAGAUGGAGCCGGGCGAGAGAUCCAGGGAGCCCAGCACGGAGAGGAGCCGAGCCCCGCUGGGCCACGCCAGCCCCUCCACGGGGCAGGGCAGGUCCCGUUCCCAGAGCCAGCGUGAAUCUAGUGCAGCAUCCAGAGCCACCACGGCUCCCGGCUCCCCUGAGCGAUCCAGAGCCUCCAUGGGCGUGGGGCGCUCGGCGGUGGGCACGGCCUCCGUGGGCGUGGGGCGCUCGGCGAUGGGUACGGCCUCCAUGGGAGUGGGGCGCUCGGCGGUGGGCACAGCCUCCGUGGGCGUGGGGCGCUCGGCAUUAGCCACGGUGUCGGCAGCGGCAGGUCCAUCCAGGCCGCCCAGCGCCCGGCCCUCAGGGAUGGGCAGAGAGAUGGAGCCGGGCGAGAGAUCCAGGGAGCCCAGCACGGAGAGGAGCCGAGCCCCGCUGGGCCACGCCAGCCCCUCCACGGGGCAGGGCAGGUCCCGUUCCCGGAGCCAGCGUGAAUCUAGUGCAGCAUCCAGAGCCACCACGGCUCCCGGCUCCCCUGAGCGAUCCAGAGCCUCCGUGGGCGUGGGGCGCUCGGCGGUGGGCACGGCCUCCUUGGGUGUGGGGCGCUCGGCGGUGGGUACGGCCUCCGUGGGCGUGGGGCGCUCAGCGGUAACCACAGCGUCGGCAGCAGCGGGUCCAUCCAGGCCGGCCAGCACCCAGCCCUCGGGGAUGGGCAGAGAGAUGGAGCCGGGCGAGAGAUCCAGGGAGCCCAGCACGGAGAGGAGCCGAGCCCCGCUGGGCCACGCCAGCCCCUCCGCAGAGCAGGGCAGGUCCCGUUCCCAGAGCCAGCAUGAAUCUAGUGCGGCACUUGGACCAACCGGAGCCACCGUGACCCCCAGCUCCCACGAGCGGCCCAGUGGCUCCAGGGCUCUCAGCUCUCCGCAGCCAGCCAGCUCGCCCAUAGCUGCUGCUGCACCUCCGGAGAGAUCUCAACUCUCCGCGGGCGUGGGGCCUUCGGAGGUCACCACGCCGGCCCUGGCCGUGGGCCCCUCUGGGCAGAGAAGCCGGAGCAGCUCCCGGUUGGAUCGAGCCAAGAGACAGGGCACGAGAUCCAGGGCGACAGUUGGAGAAAGCAGCAAAGGCAAAGCCCGGUCCAGCUCCCGCAGCGCCGGCCAGAAGAAGCCGUCCAAGGAGAAGAGAUUGGAGUCGAAGGGGAAGUUGAAAUCAGCCCUGAGUUCAGCCAGGCACAGGAGCAGCCUCACGUUCGUGACCAUCUACAGCGCCCUGUCGAACUCGCUGGACAAGCUGACGGGAGGGAAGCUGAGACAGAGAAGGAGCCAGGAAGAUGCCAAGACGCAGUUGUCUUCGAAGCCCUCCAAGCGGGUCACCAUCUCGGGCGUGGUGCAGCUGUCGGGCCAGGGCAGCCAGGAGACCAGCUCCGUGCCACCCUCAGCUAUGGAGAGCAGCGGGGAGCAGGGCCCGGCUGGCUCCAGGGCGGCUCCACAGCGGGAGAGCGGCCCACUGCCGAAGGCGCAGUCUGGGGGAUCCAGAGCCGCCACAGUUCCCAGCUCCCCCGAGCGAUCCAGAGCCUCCGUGGGCGUGGGGCGCUCGGCGGUGGGCACGGCCUCGGUGGGCGUGGGGCGCUCGGCGGUGGGGCGCUCGGCGGUGGGCACGGCCUCCGUGGGCGUGGGGCGCUCGGCGGUGGGCACGGCGUCGGCAGCAGCGGGUCCAUCCAAGCCGGCCAGCACCCAGCCCUCGGGGAUAGGCAGAGAGAUGGAGCCGGGCGAGAGAUCCAGGGAGCCCAGCACGGAGAGGAGCCAAGCCCCGCUGGGCCACGCCAGCCCCUUCACGGAGCAGGGCAGGUCCCGUUCCCAGAGCCCCAGAGGGAGACCAAGCCAGCUGGGGUCUAGCGCCGUGUCCAGAGAUUCUAGAGCAGCUGGGCCUUCAGAGCGAUCCAGAGCCUCGGUGGCUGCCGGCCCUUCAGAGAGAUCCAGAGCCUCAGUGGCUGCCGGCCCUUCAGAGAUGGCCACGGUGUCGGUGGCCGUGGGUCCGUCCGAGCUGGGGCCAUGGAGCAGCGCCCGGCCCUCGGGGAGGGACCAGCUGAGCCUGCCAGGCAGGGGAUCUAGAGAGCGCAGCAAGACGGGGAACCAGAGUGGAAGCCGAAUCAGUUCCCCGAGCUCCAUCAGGGAGGCUGGGACCCCCGGCACUGUGGCAGCCCUGGGCAUGGAAGGCGAUGAUGUAUCUAGAGAGACAUCCAAAAAGUCCAGAGCCUCUGUGGUUCCAAGCUCGCCAGAAAGAUCGAGACCCAUUUCUCCAGGUGCUGCUGAGAAAUCCAGAGCGUCGGUGGCUCCAGGUUCUGCUGAGAAAUCCAGAGCGUCGGUGGCUCCAGGUUCUGCUGAGAAAUCCAGAGCGUCGGUGGCUCCAGGUUCUGUGGGGAGAUCGAGAGCGUCGGUGGCACCAGGUUCUGCAGAGAGAUCCAGAGUCUCGGUGGCCGCUGGCCCAUCAGAGAGAUCCAGAGCAUCCGUGGCCGCCGGCCCUUCAGAGCUGGCUACGGUGUCGGUGGCCGUGGGACGGUCCGAGCCAGGGUCUCUCAGCAGCGCCAGGACCCCGGGGACAGGUGCUCAGAGGGCUCCCCACGCCGGGAAGAGUCCGUGCUCUGGGGCUCCUCUGGGGACGGAGGCUGGCGACGCAUCCCCGGGCAGUGCCUCUCUGGGGAGAUCCGGGGAGCAGAGCCGAAGCCAGGCCAGGGAGGAAGGAGGGGCCCGUUCCCAGAGCCCCUCGAGGCAGGCGCCCCAUGCGAGAGCUGCAGUCUCUGUGACCCUGGCUCCCUCCAAGGACCAAGGGCCCAGCAGCACCCGGCCCUUGGAGCUGGACAGACAGCGGGAGCUGGGCUGGGGAUCCAGAAAGACGAGGAGCCGGAGCAAAGGUCAGCAGGAAGACAAGCGGGACCCCUCUGUGGGGCACCCCACCAGCAGAGGCGGCAGUGAGCAGGCUGCAGUCAGAAUGAAAUCCCAGUAGAGGCCAGGCCGGACACAGCCAGAGCUGGAGGAGAGGAUUUGUCGCCCGGACCAGGGAGUCUCUCAGGGACAGGACGUCUGGAGGGCCCAGGCUGGGGGAUCGGGGCGGGGAGCAGCUAGGACGCCCCUCAGUGGCCGGCCGGCCAGGAGCACGGGGCAGCGAGUGUCACGGCUUUCCCAGCUUUGCCUAUUAAAAUUUGCAGUGAACGUUGGGUCAGGGUCGUGUGUGCAAUUGUC